AACCUCCAAAGACAUUGUCGAAUUUGUCAAAUAUUUCAAUUGAAUUGAAAUAUUUUUUGCGGCUUGCAUACACAGUUAAGAUAAUAUUACACGUGAUUACUUCUGUUAUUAACUCUUUGAUGCCACAAACGGGAAAUCCAAAACACAGGUAACAGACGUACUGUGCUUUCGAAGAGAAGAACCCACAAAAAUGUCUCUAAUCAAGAAGAUUCAACUAUUUCUUAGUUAUUGGUACCAAAGAUAUUUGCUGGCGACUGAAUUGUACAUGGUGGAGCCUUGGGAGAAGGUUGUCAUACAUAUUGUGUUUGCGGUCCUGUUGACUCUGUUCUGGUGGUUCAACAAGACCCUGGUUGUCGGCGGCAUCUCCAGUUUGAGAAACACUGCUAGCGUACAAGCUAUCUCGUGAAAGUUUUCGUAAAUAAUAUUUGUUACCUAUGUAACUUAUUUAUCUUAGGCAGUUGGUGAAGACAUUGCAUGAUGAG